UAACAGAGGCAGGGGGAAAAAAGAAAGUGGCUGCAGCACGACUGCCACUGCAGGGCCGGCUAGGAAGACUGCGCUGCAGCACUGCCACUGGAGGCCCACUUCAGCAGAAUUGGGCAGUGGCUGGCUCAUCAUGGGAAGAACAGUGGAGAUUGCACUCCUAUCUCCACAGAGUUGACUCAAAGAGAGGAUGCCACCAGCAAGCGAUAACCACAGCAUUUUCAAGAAUGAGAUAUGGAAAACAUCAGCUUGGUAAAAAUCGAGCAAGAGGCCUCUUCUGUGGACACCAAUACCAGAAAUGCACACCAGUGUGUUGGUUAUCACUUAGUCAAUACCAGAAGCAGUCCAUUGUCCAACGCAAAUGCUGCCGCCGGCCUUUCAGGGAAAACAGGCCCUUCUGUAAUACCUUCUGAGGCUGGUCUGUUGACUUCCUUUAUGCAAGACACUCAAAACUGUGGAGACUUGGAAAUACUGAAGAACUGUGAAACCAGGUGGUUACGAUUGUUCAGACUGGUGGAGAAGCAAUGCCAAGAACAGAUGCUUGCCCAGCAAAAAGUGUUCCAUCAUCAAAUCCAUCGCAUACAGAAUGAAAUCAAACACUUGGUGAAAUUGCAAAGCCAGAAUGUGUGUUCAUGCACCAAUCAAAACACUCCGGUCAAACUUAGGAACAGUUUCUCCUCAUUAGAAAGUCAGAUGGGGUUGCAGUCCAAAACAUUUGAAGAAAAUGAGCUCCUUGCCAGCCAGCUCAAAUCUAGCAGCUCUGAGAGUCAGCCAGAAGCUUCGGCCGUACAUCAGGAGUGCCUUGCAAAUAGUGUCUCCACGAGCAGCGGGUAUGGCACCUGUUCUGCUGCAGAACUGAGCCCUAACAAAUACAAAGACGUUCAGAUGGGCAUGGAAAAUACAGAGGAGAUUACCAAAGGACAAGGCGGCGCAUCAGCAGCACGGGAAGAUUUAGUUACAACCACUAUUCCUAAUAGAGAGAGCACACAAACAACUAUAGAGCACUGUCCAUCAGUAAAGAAUGAUGAUACAGGUUUUCCUGCUGAAUUUGUGUCUAAUAUUAAUGAAGGUCAGUGUGGAAAAACAAACGGUAAACCGUUAACAUCAUGGGCUCAAAAAAUGAAACAAAAUCAGCUAAAAAGGACAAAUAUGGAAGAAGAUGAUGUGCAUUCUGUGCAAGGAAAAGAACAAAUGCAGACAAAAACGCUUGAAAAUAAUAAUCAUCUUGCUGCUGUUCCACCGUCUUAUACUUUUUACCUCAGUCAACCAGAUGGAAGCCAAAAUUCGUUAGUGUCUGAUACUUCAGGAUUUACUUACUGGAAACUAGAUGAGAAGGAGAUGUACCACAGUUUGCCUGAAAACUUCAGGAACGAAUUUUGUAUGUUGCCAACACAGGUGUCCUCUGAGCAGUCUUCUGCUGAUGAAAUGAAGCCAUCAUCCUUAAAGGAUAUUUAUCAUAAGAAACAAAUUGAAAGCAGACAGCUUGUAGACUGGAACUUCUCCCCACUGCAAUCAACUCAUCCCCCUGAGAUCCUGACCCUUGACCCCACACUGCAUAUGAAACCAGGCCAGCAGAACCCAGAACUUCCUUUGCACAGCGGCUAUGGGGUGGCAGAAAGACUCCCUUUAUCGCCAGACUCCAUGGCAGACCCUGCAUUUUUCAUGUCUUCAGACACUGAUUCCUUUUCUCACAUGAGCACAGUAACGUCACCUCAGUCUCUCGAGUCUCCAAAAUGCACUUCCAGUACAGGCGCUUUGGACCUUGAGGCCUGGAAUCGGUGCACUUUCCAGAACGAAAUCAGCAAGGCAGGAGUAAACGUGGAGGAUGAAGACAACUUGACUUUAACGCCGUCUUCAGCUGCACAGUCCCAAAUUCCGUCUGACAGCAGUUUGCCAGAAUUUAGUGUCUCUCUAACAUGUGCGGAAGAUCCUGUGAUGCUCUCUAGGAUUAGACAGAAUUUGAGGGAAAAACAUGCCCGACAUAUUGCUGAUCUACGAGCGUAUUAUGAUGCGGAAAUUCAAAGCUUAAAGCAGCAGCUGGAAAUAAGCCAUAAACCACCUUCUGAAGACUUGAAGAAAAUCAAUCAAAAUCUUGCUGACAGAUGCGACCAGCUAGCGGCAGCACUGAAUGAGUCUAACAAUCACAUGCAAGCCCUGGAAAGUAAAAAUAGUACCCUGGAAAUGGAAGUGGCAGAUUGGAGGGAACGCUUCUGUGCUGUCAGCAAUACAGCGAAGGCCUUGCAAGAACGUGUUGAAGAAAUGCGAACGAGCAGCAAAGAGAAAGAUAACACCAUCAGCCGUCUCAAGAGGAGACUUAAGGAUCUUGAAGAAGCCUUUGAAAAGGCCUACAAGCUGUCCGAUAAUAAAGACGCCAGGUUAAAAGAAGAGAACAAAAUGUUUCAAAACCUUUUAGGAGAAUAUGACUCCCUUGGGAAAGAACACGAAAGAGUAAAGGAUACUUUAAAUAUCACAGAAAACAAAUUGCUGGAUGCAAACACUCAGAUGUCUGAUCUGAAAAGAACAGUCUCAAAACUUGAAGCCCAAGUAAAGCAGUUGGAGCAUGAAAACGUGCUUAAGUUCCGCCACCUUGCAGACAGCCACUUCAGAACAUCUUAUACAAACAAAUUGACAGGCUCUGAUGUGAGCAGAAGGAAAUGGUUGAUACCAGGAUCAGAGUAUUCCAUCUUCACAGGGCAGCCCUUAGAAGAUCAAGACAAUCGGCUUGAAGAAACAGGCACAAAUUGCCGGCAUCACUCGCCUCCGGAGAAGGACUCAUCUUCAGAUCCUUCACUCAUCAAUGAAAUGGCAAAGAAAGAAGCCAGAGUCCCAGAAACGCCCAUCAUAAAAGCAUUUAAGGAACUUGAAGAAAGGAAAGCAUUGAAAAACUGGGGCACUCAGACAGGGAAGGAGGAGGAAGAGGAGGAGGCUGCUCCUACAAAACCAACCCCUCGGCGUCCAACUGUUGGCUUUGACGAAGUAGCUCUUAAUGCAAGCCAGUCUCCAGAGAAAGGCAGAGACCAGCUCAGAAGCAAGAGAUACAGCUCGCCAAGUGGCCAGAGGUCCUCUUCUCUGCCACCUUCAAACAGGAAAUCAAAUACUCCGACAAGGAGAGAAAUAAUGCUGACGCCGAUUGCAGUGACCUACAGCCCCAAACGCUCUCCGAAAGAGAACUUGUCUCCAGGGUUUAGCCACUUGCUCAGCAAAAAUGAGAACAUGAUGACGAGGUUUGAUGUUUUGCUUGACGAUUUGGAAAUGCCCACGCCUGCCUCACAGUACAACAACCCACGGAAACGGCUGCAGUUUCGCUCACUAGGAGAUCCGGAAGGAGGGACAGAAUUGCAGUCCACCAGCCCAGGCAAAGGCAGCCAUGUGAAUCCUUCCUCUUGUACAGACCCGUUGCAUACAGGAGCAAGGAAAGGGCGGAAGCCCCUUGUUUGGGAAGAAGAUCACUCUGCACAUGCCAGUGAGCCAUGCCUGUCCUUAGCAGCACCAGCACCUUAUGAGGCAGAUUUCAAAUAUGUGUCGAGGAUCAAGACUUUGACUGAGACAGAGCGACUCUUCGAUGAACUCACGCAGGAAAAGCAACAGAUCGAGGCCCAGUUGAGUCGAAUACCAUGUGCUGGAGGGAGAAUGACUCUGCAGGCAAGACUUAAUCAGGAGGCCUUGGAAGACCGCUUGGAAAGAAUCAAUCGAGAAUUGGGCUCCAUCCGUAUGAUUCUGAAGAAAUUCCACGUUUUACGUACCUCUGCAAAUAUCUGAGAUGUCUAUAUUUCAAUUUAGAUAGCCUUUGGUUUGCACUAAAGAAGUCUAAUAAUUAUGCACUCUGGAAAUGCAAAUGGUUUUGUAUUUUUGUAAGCCCUCCCCUCCCUCCGCAGCCAAUUUUGGAAUCAUGUCGUCCUUUACACACAAUAUUUUGUACUGAGCCACAUAUAUUUUAAAAAACUAUUUUUCUUACACCCGAAGGAAUCAAUCUGUCAAUUCUGUAUUUUACUACUUUUGAAGAAGUGUUAAUAGUUGUUUUUUAAACUGUGAACAUGAAUUCUUUCUAAGAAUAGAAGAAACCAAGAGGCAGCUUGUUUUCAAAAGAUGAUCAUGUUGAAAUUGGUUUUGUGAUGCACUACUCACUAUUUUUAUAGCAUUAGUGACCUGUCUGGUACACCGAAGUUUAGUCCAUACGAAACACAACCCACAGCUUCUUCUUGCGAAAGGAGCCCCAAAAAAUCCAUACACCGCUUGUAGUUUAGAGAUUGCAUCUUGCGUCAUAAAACGUUUGGUUUUCAAUAAAUGCACAAAGAGCAGGCUGGGAAAGGUCUGUUCAAAAUGUUUGUGUAAAGGCAUACCAAGGAGUUGGAGAGAGAACACUGUUUCUCUUUCUUUUUUUAAAAGUGUUUUUAUUUGGCAUGUUUGUUGUAGAAAUGUUAAUUAAAACUUAAUUGUCUACAA